AAGGGUAGAGUCCAGCAGGCAAUUUUUCUUCUUCGGUUUAUCAAUUAAAAAAAAAAAGAGAAGACAUUAUGAAUCGGAGGGCUUAAAUCGCAUCAUAUGGUCAUUAUUGGUAUAUCAAUUGCUUCCUUCGAAGUUUACCGCACGCUGGAGAAUGUCCCCGCCCUCCGCCGAUCGUGAGGGCCACGCUCCGCCGCGCCAGGAGGCCUCGGACUCCGACGCUGAGUACGAAGAAAUCGUAGAAGAAGAGGAGGUGGAAGAGGAGGAGGAUGAUGGAGAGGGAGGAGAAGAAGACAUGGAAAUUGAUGAACUGGAAGUAGAAGUGAAGGUGGAGCGAGGGGACGAGCAGAAAGGCGAGCGAGAGGAACGGCGAGGAGGAGGCGGACCAGCUCAAGAGGAUAGUACCCACUCCAAGAUAGGCGGACUGUAAAUCCUGUGGACUGUUCUUGGAUCACCUCCAGUCAACAGGUUGCCUUCUGGAUGAUUGCUGAGUUACCUCUGGUGGAAAGGCUACCGAGAACAGGAAUCAUGGAAGAGUGCAGAAGAGAACAGAAACUCCUUUCGGUGGAGCCAAGGCUUAUUUGCAUGAUGGAAAGAUGAUAAAAGCUUUGAUCAGUGAUUCCUGCUCCACUCAGAACCAGGAGGACGGUUUGGUUCCUCUAGAUCACUCUGGUGAAAAGGAUGAUGGGGCUUAUUAUCCUGCAAAGGAAGUUAAAGAAAUGGGCUUGCAGUCCGAGGAGGAUAAGAAGCAAAUGCAAUCGAGACUGGCUGCACCUGAGGUGGCACCUAGAAGUUUGCCUCUUGGUAUGGAGUUGACGGAAAGAAACAAGCGCCCGGCAAUAAUAUGUGGGUUCUUUGCGAAAGGAUGGUGCAUAAGAGGCAGUUCAUGUAGAUUUCUUCAUGUAAAAGAUAAUCCAGACAGUUCUAGCAAACAGCCUGUUGAAGAAAAACGCAAUGAGCGUGAUAAAGGUUUAAGAGAUGAUUCUGAGGCAUGUCCUCCUGGGAUGCUGGAUCGAUUAGGUUCUUCUUCCAAUCAAAAUAGUUCUGCAUUAGCUUCCAGUUCUUCGUCAGUUCUCCCUGUAGAUCCUAGCUUGCCAUCAACUGACAGAGGGGAUUCUUCCAAGUAUGAUGAUGGAUUCAUCUCCUCGUAUAGAAAUGUAAUUAGAAAUGGCUUGGGUCGCAGGCGCUAUGAUGAGGAUUACAAAAUCUACACUUCGCUGAUCAACAGAGGCACUUCUUUUACCCUGAGGAGUAACUUUCUGGCUGACUAUGGUCAUUCUCCAAAUGGAUCAGUUAGAUCAUUGAGCAUACAUGAAAGAGAGGUACCAACAUCAUGUUUUCCGAGCCACUCACUAAAUUCAAGCUUGAAUGCCCCUCCUUUGGCUUUCAGCUCUCUCUCUUCAAAUGCGAGUCCUCUUGAUGCUCAAAAUUUUCUGGGCAGUGAAUAUAGAUCUGCUUCUUUGCUUGAAAGUUCAUCCUUUUCAUCUGGGUCUGGACUAGAAAGACACUCUCUGCAGUGCGGUAACAAUAAGAGGAAAUUCUCUCCUUAUAAUUGGGAGCCGUCUGUGCCUUUUCGACCUUCGUUUUCAAUUGCUUCUGUUCUACCAUCUCUAGGACACCUCUAUGACCCAUUUCAUGAUAGUAUCGAACAGCCAAAAGCAGGAGAUGGAGUAUACAGAGCAUCAGAACAGCAAAUAUCUGGUCAAACUAAAGGAAACCGGGUCUCAGGUUGUGAAAAUGAAAAUUCAGUGUCUUCUCACAACCAGAUCCUUGAGCAAGUGGCAGACAAGGAUUGUCAUACCCAUGGGAGAGAUUCAUUUGCAGCUCCUGCUGAGACGGCUGAGAAUUCCAUUGUUGAUUGCCAAAACGAAGAUGCAUUGCCUGAAGAGAGCAGCCGGCCACUCAAAGAAAAUUCAGAAGUAGAUGUACGCAAUAGGACUGGUCUUCGUAAAAGCGACCAGGCAAGACUCAGAAAGGACCUGAAAGAUGAGAGGGUCAGAAAAAAGGUUGAAAAGAGCAUGCACCAUAAUACAAAUGCAGAGGAGCCCAAGGAAUCAAAGUUGCUGAGGCAUUUUAGAUUUGUUCUUAUUGAUUUUGUAAAAGCGCUGUUAAGACCAAGGUGGGAGGGUGGUCGUCUAACCAAGGAUGCCCAUAAUUUGAUAGUGAAGAAGGCAGUUGAUAAGGUGAUGGGUACCCUGAGCCCCGAACAGGUUCCUACUAGCAAGCAUUUGAUAAAGGAGUAUCUUUCCUUGUCGGAGCCCAGAAUUGUGAAGCUAGUGGAGGCAUAUGUGGAUAAGUAUGGCAAACCUUGUGAAGCCAGUUGAAAGCAUCCUCUCGUGCAAAGUUUGGAGAAAUUUCACUUCCAAGAAAUUGUAAUAGGCUUGAUUUAAUUUAUAAGACUGGGAUAUUACUCUAGGAUGAGUACUAUCCUAUCAUAAAUUUGUACAUUCAGGAUAAAUUUGAAGAAAUUCUCUGCCUUGAACUUUUUUUCAUAAAUAGGGCAUGCAAAACUGUACAUUGGUGUCAACGUUAUCCUCUUUUUCUUUGC